AUGGCCGAAGCCGGUUCCGUGGAUGUCAGAAAGGUCGUAGUUGGUGGACCGAAGCCUUCAAAGAAGGACAAGAAGAGCAAAGGAGCCGCCGAAGAUGCUAUCUCUGGUCCUCUCGAAAUGACGCCACCCCCCGAUUUCCUCAAGACACGUCUCGAAUUAUUUGAUCGUCUCAAGAAAAAGUAUGACGAAGACAUUGCCAAGCGACCGCGAGAGCAAAUUACAAUUACCCUACCCGAUGGCUCUAUUAAGAUAGGGACGAGCUGGGAGACAACCCCCGGUGAGAUUGCGAAGGGUGUGUCGAAUAGCUUGUACAAACGCUCUGUCGUUGCUAGAAUAAACGGAGAAAAACUGUGGGACUUGGAGAGGCCCUUGGAACAAAGCUGUAAACUCGAACUGUUAACUUUCGACGAUCCUAAGGGAAAGGAAGUGUUCUGGCACAGCUCAGCUCAUAUCCUCGGUGAAGCAUGCGAAAGGAGAUUCGGCUGCUCCCUCUGUAUCGGACCCCCGAUUGACGAUGGUUUUUACUAUGAGAUGGCUCUACCAGGUGGAGCUGCUGUCCAGACAAGCGACUGGGCACCACUGGAGCGUAUUGUUGGAGACAUCGUCAAAGAGCGACAGCGAUUCGAACGUCUCGAGAUGACUAAGGACGAGCUUCUCGAAAUGUUCAGCUACAACAAAUAUAAGCAACACAUCAUAUCCACCAAGAUUCCCGAUGGCACCUCUACCACAGUAUACCGCAAUGGCCCCUUGAUUGACCUUUGUCGCGGGCCUCAUGUACCUGAUACGGGCCGUAUAGAGGCUUUCUCCAUCAUGAAGAACUCGGCAUCAUACUUCUUAGGUUCCCAGGAGAAUGACUCGCUCCAGCGUAUUUAUGGCGUUUCUUUCCCGGACAAGAAGAAGAUGGCGGAACAUAAAAAAUUCUUGGAGGAGGCAGCCAAGCGAGAUCACCGUAAACUCGGUAAAGAGCAAGAACUUUUUAUGUUUCACGAGCUCUCCCCUGGCUCGGCCUUCUUCUUGCCUCAUGGCACGAGGAUCUAUAAUACCCUCCUAGCAUAUCUUCGUGACCAGUAUCACAAACGUGAUUACCAAGAAGUUAUUACUCCCAAUAUUUUCAACUCGGAGCUUUGGAAGAUGAGCGGACACUGGGAUUAUUACCAGGAUGAUAUGUUUGUCAUAGAUUUGGAUAAGGAGAAAUGGGGCCUGAAACCCAUGAACUGCCCAGCCCAUUUCCUCAUGUUUGCUCAUAGUCCUAAGGUAUACAGCCAGUUGCCCUUGCGUCUUGCUGACUUCGGUGUCCUGCAUCGAAAUGAGGCCAGCGGUGCCCUAUCUGGUCUUACUCGCGUCCGUCGUUUCCAGCAAGACGAUUCCCAUAUAUUUUGCCGUCUUGACCAAGUUACGAGCGAAAUUACCGACUUGUUCGAUUUCCUAUCCGAAAUGUAUGGCCUUCUGGGAUUUACCUUCAAGCUUCAACUAUCCACGCGCCCUGAAAAGUUCAUGGGCCAAAUUGAAACUUGGGACAAGGCAGAGAGCAUGCUUAAGGAGGCCCUUGAUGGGUUUGCUGCCGGUCCCAAUGGUGUUUCAUGGACUCUUAAUGAGGGGGACGGCGCCUUCUAUGGACCUAAGAUCGAUAUCAAGAUCUUAGACUGUUUGAACCGAGAGUGGCAAUGUGCUACCAUUCAACUUGACUUCAUGGGCCCCGAGAAUUUUGGUCUCGAAUACGUCACGGCUGAGACGCACGCUGCGAAACCUAAGCAGGAAGAACCUACCGCGAGAGCCAAAGCAAGCGAAGUCCAGCCAGUCAGUGCUGCUGCUGCGGAUGCGGGCACAGAGGGGGCUGGGGCGAAACGAGAACGGGUAAUCAAACCGUUGAGUCCCGGUUGCGCACGCCCGGUGAUUAUUCAUCGCGCCAUGGCCGGGUCUAUAGAGAGAUUCAUGGGCAUUCUCAUCGAGCACUUUGCAGGCAAGUGGCCUUUCUGGCUGAGCCCGCGUCAAGUGAUGGUCAUUCCAGUUGGAAUGGGAUUCGUGUCAUAUGCACAGGAAGUUAGGGAUAUCCUCAAGAAGGAGAAGAUAUACGUCGAUAUCGAUACUAGUGGAAACACGCUCCCCAAAAAGGUGCGAAGCGCACAGCUAGCACAGUAUAACUUCAUAUUCGUGGUUGGAGACGAGGAAAUGAAAGGCCGACAAGUAAAUGUGCGUUAUCGGGACGACACAUCGACCCAGGACCGGGGUAAGCCUGUGUCUCUGGAUGAGGUGGUCACGAAGUUACGGGGACUACGGGCCGACCGAGGCACAUACAAUCCAUUCCCGCCCGAGAAACAUGCAGAUAAGACAGCAGCGUGA